AUGCCCAAGCUCCACCAGUACGACUACAUCUUUGGUAUCGCCUUGGUGUUCGCCGGUCUCGAUGCCUAUAACAUCGGUGCCAACGAUGUUGCCAACUCGUUCGCUACCUCGGUGGCAUCACGUUCGCUCACCAUGCGUCAGGCAUGUGUGCUCGCUGCCAUCUUCGAGUUCUUGGGUGCCGUGCUUGUCGGCGCAAAGGUGACCAACACCAUCAAGAACGGUAUCAUCACCCUCUCCCUGUUCCGUGGCAACUACGGCAUUGAGAUGCUGGCGUUUACCUGUGCCCUCGUCACCUCGGCUACGUGGCUCAUGAUUGCCACCAAGAACUCUUGGCCAGUCUCGACUACCUACUCUCUCGUCGCUGCCCUCGCCGGUGUCGGUGUCGCCGUCGGUGGCCCAGCCGGUGUGCAGUGGGGUUGGAACGGUGGUAAGGGCCUUGCCACCAUCUUUGCUGGCUUUGGUAUUGCUCCCGCCAUCUCGGCCGGUUUCGCCUCGACCAUUUACCUGAUCACCAAGUAUGCCGUUCUUGACCGCAAGGACUCUACUCGCAAGGCCAUGUACCUCUCGCCCAUCUACUUCUUCACCGUCAUCGCGGUCCUCACCAUGUCGAUUGUCUACAAGGGUUCGCCGGGCCUCAAGCUCGACAAGCUCAGCAGCACGACCCAGGCCAUUGCCAUCUGCAUGACUGCCUUUGUUGUUGCCCUCCUUUCCAUCGUCUUUUGGCUUCCCUACGUCUACGCCAAGGUCAUCCGCAAGGACUGGUCGCUCCGUUGGUGGCACAUGGCGCUCGGCCCCCUCCUCUGGAAGCGCCCCGUCCCCGAGAUGCCCGCCGACAUGUCUACCCCCGUUGGUCCCGACUACCGUGUUUACGGCCGUGACGACGCUGAGGCCGAGCACGACCACGACGCUCCCGCUCUCAACUCGGAGGCUCCUGUUGCCGAGACUGCCAUUGCCGUUGCCGACUCACACUCGAACACGUCAAAUGAGAAGGUCAAGGACAUUGAGGCUGGCCAGGUCGAGACGAAUGCUCCCCCCGCUCCCCGCGCCUCGGUUCCCCUCGAAGAGGUCGAGAACAAGGACGAGAUUGUCGGUUCAUGGAUCCUCCCCCGCAACCUCCUCAUCCUCGGCAAGCGUGCCAUCAAGGCCGUGACCAAGGGAUCCAACUACGACGUCCACGCCCACCAGAUGAAGGAUGAGAAGACUGCCGCCCACCUCCGCGAGAUCCACAAGCUUGCCCACCAGUACGACAACGACACCGAGCACCUCUACACCUACCUCCAGGUCCUUACUGCUUGCGUCAACUCGUUUGCUCACGGUGCCAACGACGUCUCGAACGCUGUCGGCCCCCUCUCGGCUAUCUACUUUAUCUGGUCCGAGGGCAAGAAGCUCGAGGCGUCGACCCCCACUCCUACUUGGGUUCUCGUUUUCGGUGGUGCUUGGAUUGUCAUUGGCCUCGCAACUUACGGCUACAACAUCAUGUCGGCACUCGGAAACCGCCUUACCCUGCACUCGCCCUCGCGUGGUUUCUCGAUGCAGUUUGGCGCGUCGCUCUGCGUCCUCCUUGCGUCGCAGUACGGUAUUCCCGUCUCGUCAACCAUGUGCCUCGCGGGAGCGACUAUGGGUGUCGGCCUGUGCAGCGGUGGCGUCAAGGCCGUCAACUGGAAGGCUUUCGGCUGGAUCAUCCUCGGAUGGGUCCUUACCGUCCCCGUCGCUGGUACUGCUGCGGGAUGCCUUCUCGGUCUCUUCAUCAACGCGCCCCAUUGGUAA